CGAACUUUCUACAUUGCUCCCGUCACCGAUUACUCCAGCCUCGAAACCCCGUCGAAAUUUCUGGAAACAGCCUCCUUUUCUACUCUGUUCCCUCCAUAAAUCAAUCUAAGCCCCGAAAAUUCUUCACCGUUAUUUGCCUCUGGUUCACCGUUUUCAUAUUUAUCAAUUCUUGAUUCUUGAUCAGCGAGGCAUUUUCACGAAUACAUCAUCACCAUGGCUGAAGAUGGCACUGUUACGGUCUACAAUAGCACUGUCAUUACCGAUCCGAAUACGAAUCCAUUCUCGUUCAAAGCAGGAGUGGCUCAAAUGCUUCGAGGAGGUGCUAUUUUUGAAGUCUCAAGCAUUCGACAAGCGAAAAUUGCAGAAGAAGCCGGUGCGUGUGCUGUCACCGUUUCUGAGCUCAGUCGCCCAGGCAUUUCGCGAAUGAUUGAUCCGUCUCUUCUCAAAGAGAUCAAGCGGGCUGUGUCGGUUCCCAUAAUUGCGAGGGCUAGGGUCGGGCAUUUCGUGGAAGCCCAGAUUCUAGAAGCUGUUGGCGUCGAUUAUGUCGAUGAGAGCGAGUUGCUUGCUUUAGCAGAUGACCAGAAUUAUAUCAACAAGAACAAUUUCCGGUGUCCAUUUGUGUGUGGGUCUAGGAGUCUUGGAGAGGCAUUGAGGAGGAUCAGGGAAGGUGCUGCGAUGUUAAGGACGCAAGGGGAAUUAUCAGGUUCUGGUAAUAUUGCUGAGACAGUGAGGAAUGUGAGGUCUGUGAUGGGGCAAAUAAGGACUCUCACUAACAUGGAUGAGGACGAAGUUUUUGCAUUCUCAAAGAAGAUAGAGGCACCUUACGAUCUAGUAGUGCAAAUUAAGCAAAUGGGCAGGCUUCCUGUCGUACACUUUGCUGCCGGAGGCAUUGUAACUCCAGCGGAUGCUGCUCUUAUGAUGCAACUGGGAUGUGAUGGUGUGUUUGUGGGAUCAGAAAUCUUCGAUUGCUCAGAUCCUUACAAGCGACUUAGGGGAAUCAUUCAGGCUGUUAGGCACUACAAUGAUCCUAAUGUGUUGGUUGAAAGUUCCUGUGGCUUGGCUGAGGCCAUGGCAUGUCUCAAUAUUAGUGAUGCCAGGAUUGAGCAAUUUGAUUGCCCCACUCUCUAAUCGAAUAAACCGUUGGUAUAUUCAUCAUGUCUCACUUAUAGUUGUAUCAGUAAGGCCAUUUAUGUGGCUGAGCAUAUAGAACUUUUUCCUGUGACGGGAAUAGAGUAUGUAAUUCUCCUAUAUCUCUUUCCUUCACUGCAUAUUGAUUUGGGAUGGUUUUACCAUUUUCUCUGAAUUAAAGAGAUGAGUUGAUUGUUGCCUUUUAUGUGAAAAUUCAGUUCAUAGAAGGACCAUAUGUGUGAUUGACGUUAUAUGUCUCAUUUGUAGUAAUAACAGAGGACAUGCUUCAUUUA